AUGGCUUCGCCGCUGCUGUCCGAGGCUGCUGCCACUGCUGAAGGAAUGUCUACCCUGGAGGUUGAGUUUGAGGUCCUGGGCAUGAAGUGCGGGUCCUGCGUCAGCAAGGUAGAGCGUGCUGUGCGUGGCUUGGACCUCAGCGAGCUGAUCGACGUCCGUGUGAAUCUCUUGUCCGAGUCCGCCAGCGUCUCGCUGCGAGCUCCAAAGGAUGGAGACCUGGACGCCCUCGCUGAGAAUAUUCGGCAGGCCAUUGUGGCGAAGGGGCUUCAGGCGACGGUCACAAAAAUGCCAGAGCGUCAACCUCAGACCAUUUCCAACAUUCUCCAGUUGGAAGUGCUCGGCAUGUCCUGCGGAUCUUGCGUAGCCGCUGUGGAGAGGGCCCUGCGGGCCAUGGAUGUGGUUGAAGACGUGUCUGUGAACCUUCUUGCCGAGUCCGCAUCCGUGCGUCUGAAGGUGUCUGCCAAGGAGGCCGUGGAUCGGGUACUGGAAGCAGUGGAAGAUAUCGGCUUUCAGGCGUCUGUGAAGUCUAGAGGCGAAGCCCCUUCUGGGCCUGCCGAAGAGGAGGAGGCGAUCAUCCUCGCGGUUGCCAAUGCAGCAGAG